AUGAAUAGGACGUCACAUGAUGCUUAUAUGACUGUGAUGCUCUUUAUCAAAAUGCAGCUUAUGUACAAUAAAGAAGAAGAAUUCGAUUAAUUUAUGCCUAAUAUGACCACUCAGGAAAAGAAAUAUAUUAUGACAAACUUGGACUACUACAAGAAAUUGGGUAUAUCUUCAAUGACUUUCAGCAAUUCAACAAGUGGUGGAGCAUUGUUCAUACUCGUAACCAUUACUUUAAAUUCAGGUAAAAUUCAGUUUCAAAAUAAUAAUCUGUAGUUUAUGGCAUUAAACUAUGAAUGA